AUGUCCUACAGCUAUCCCUCCAAAGUCAACGUGCCUCCGGGUUUGAGGACGCUUUUGGAAGGACUCAGUCGGGCCAUAGUGAAAAGACAGCCAGAUUACAUCUCACAGUUUGCUAAAUUUUACUUUGUCGAGCUCUUGCGCUUCAGGACAGGUACACAUGUUUGUGGAGAAUAGCAUUCGUUUUUUUCAACAUAGCAUGAAAUCUGUUGGGAACACUGAAGUAAAAUGUUUCAUUGCUGUGUUGUGUACAGAAAAUCCAACUCUUGCUAUCAAAGCCCUUGUGAGAGAAUUCAAUGCAACUAAAGGUAGGCCUAACUAGAUAAUAGUCCAUAAUGAUAAGGCCAUGCCCAGGUACCAAAACAGGUACCUGAAGAGUAUUGUAAUACAAUUAAUAAAUGUGACUAUCUCCUGGCUUUUUAAGAAAUUACAAUUUAACACCUGACAAGAAUCAAAUAACAUGACCCUCAUAUUUAUUUUUCUCUUAUAGUGCCUAAGUUUCCAAGUCAUGGCAUUGGAACUGAUGUUGCUCCACUGGCAGUUCAGAAUGAAAGUGCCACAGCAGUCUCUCCUGGUGGUCCAUAUGUCCAACCAUGUGGAGGUUACCCUCCGGCCGGGAUUUUUCCAACCCUUCCCAGUAUUCCAGGAGUGGAGGAGCAGGAUGCUGAGCAGCCCUGGAUCCACAGCCAGGACAUUCUGUACACCGUCACAACGUUGCCUGGUCUAUCAGCCUCCAAUGAAGCUGCAGAAGCAAAUUCCCUAGCAAGCCAAUACCUCAAUGACUAUGGCCUUCAGAGCCUUCUGCAGGCAGAUAUCUCUAACAUGUCCCCUCACCCCAUCUCAGCAGAGCAGACCGAUGAUGUAGUCAUCUUCCGCAGGAAAUCCAGCACAGACUGCAUGAUGGCUAACUGUGACAUCAACUCUACUGCUUCAGACCGGACCCGGCGAACCGAGUCAGCUCUCUUCGAGAGGGUCCCACUGAGUGAGAUCGAUCUCAUAUCCAAUGCUGUUCUGAUCAGGACACCUUCUGUGCCCUGUGAGUACAUGAUUGUGGUGCAGUCAGACAAUGUCCCGGAGACCAUAGUGUUUCAGAGAGACUCAUCAGUCAGUAAGAAAAUGCGGAAUGCUCAAACAGCAGCAGAUGGUGGUGCUGCCACUGGUGCCCCGGGCAACGCCCAGUCUGACUGCACACCCUGUUUCACCCCGCCUACAGCCCCAUCGCAAGUGGUCAAAGAUCAGUCUGCCACCAAAUUGGUCACGCCCCUAGUGAUGACUGAGGACCCUCAGCUUUUUGGUCGUGGAAAUAGGGCUGUCUUAACCCAACUUGAUUGGAAUCCACUUUCACCUGGAGAAAAUGUUUCCUACAAGCAUAUGGACAUAAAUAACGCAUUACCUGAUGCAAAUGCCUACAACCCCUACAUGAAUGAGAUGAUAGUGGAUAAAAUGAAUGGGGUGAACUUUGGUGUUUUACCCAAGGUGUCAGAUGAGAUGACAGGCUUCAAUGUUAUGGGCCCACCCACCUUCAUGCCACCACGUGUUUCAGCAGCAGAAGGAAUAAGUGCUCCUAGUUUAGUGUAUUCUUCGAUUUCAGCUGGACAGGAGGCUAAUACACUCAGUUUGGUGCUCCCGCCUAUUUCCAUUGCUCAAGAAAGUGGAGCACUCCCAUUGCUUAGUCCACCACCUAUCUCAAUGCCACAGGCCAUUACAGCCCCCAGUGUGGUGUUCCCAGCCACCUCACAACCAGAGGAAACAAAGACCUCCAAGUUGAUGGACCCACCUCUCUCCAAGGCAGAGGAAAUACAGGCCCUCCGAUCAAUGUACCCUUCUAUUGUGCCACCCAGUUUACCAAACCCAUCUGUACCAGCUCCACAGGAAACAACAGCCCCUCUGCUUUAUUACCCAUUUUUGGCCCAGGAGGAAACAAGACCCCCUUCAUUGCCACUCCCCCAGGCCCCAGUUGCCCACCUGUAUCAGUGCACUGGUCAGAAUGCACUAGCAUUCCAUGUGAAUGAGGAGAGCAGAAGAACACCAUAUAUGAUUCCAUUGGUCUCCCAAAGCAUAAUGGGAGUGACACAGAUGUAUGUUCAACCACAACAACCCCAGUUCAUUCACAGCUGGUCCAGAGAAGCAGGUAAGUUAAAUAGCAGGUAG